CAAUCAUUGCCAUUGCACCAGGAAAGUAGGGCUAUCGUCACCGGCGAGCAGGCUAUCCAGCAGUACACAAGACAAACACCAGCAGAAUCAAAUUGGAGAGACACAACCACGAUCACAGUUUUACAUCAGCGAACGCACACAUACACACAUACAUUCGUUCACCACAUUCAUAAUCACCAACGACAUGGCCGAGUCUUUCGAGAUAAGAUCGAAGUCGUUCACUGUGAAAUGGGUCAGUGUUCCGGCCAACAGCAGAAUCAAAUGGCUGAUAAGACCUUUGAAGAACUCAAUCAACCUAGGCGUGUAUGAACAGAAGCAGAAUUUCAGCUCUGCUAAUGAUGUGUCUACUGCAAAUGCAAGUACAUUCUCCACUGGUUUCCUUAACUCUAGCUCGAAGUUGGAAAACUUAAAUGUGGACCAAGUGAAUCAAAUACCUCACCGUUUUUUCAGUUCCGCUCCGAUAAACAGUUUGGCUGACCCUAUAACCAAAAAUGACUCCAGGCCAGGCUUGAAUCAGUCAAAAAGCUAUUCUUUGAAUAGUAGCAGUAGCAGUCUUAGCAGCAGCAGCAGACUUCUCAAUAGCAGUUUGAGUUCGAUGUCAUUGGAGGAGAAACUGGACAAGCAUUUGAAGAAGGUGAAAUGGAUAGGGAGGUGUUCUGGUGAUGCACUCAAAUCGGGAAUUCUUCAAACGCAAGAAGGUGGCUUAUACGCAUUCGUGUUCGACAACACGUUCUCCAAGACCAAGGCAAAGACUGUUUUGUUUGAAUACGAUGUUCAGUCCGUUUUGGUUCUAGCCUCUUCAGAAAAAAGUAAAAGCGAUCGGAGGCCGCAAAAGAUUGAAACUGAUGAUAUAAAUAGGAGACACAGCACCACUAAAAAUGAAGUGAAGUUUGAUCCACAGAAGAGCAUUGCAAGAGGGAAUUCUACGAGGAUCUUUAGCAUAAGUGGUGUCCAGUAUCUGGAAGGUUUCUUGAUGAAAAAGAAAAGAAGAAAAGGUAGAGCUAAAAACUUUGCAAAACGGUUUUUUUCAUUGAAUCUAACCUAUUCCAUCCUUUAUUACUACUCAAAUGCUGAUUCCAACAACAUCAGAGGAAAUAUGAUGAUCACACAAACCGUUAUUUCUGCUGAUCCCUCGGAACUGAUGAUGUACUUGGACUCCGGGAUGGAGCAGUGGAUACUUAAGGCUACAAACAAAAAAGAUUUUGAUAUGUGGAUCGAGGCGUUCAACUUCGUCAAGAAACAAAAUAAAAAGACUAAAGAGUUAGUGAACAGACAGCCUUCGGUAUCAAGAACUUCUCGUACAAUUGACAAUUUGAUGGAAGACUCUGCAUCUGCUUACAGUAGUCAGGACGACGAAAGGCCAGCAAGAAAGGGGAAUAACUUAUUGAAUCCGCAAUUUCAAGUGGUAGAGGUAAAGUUAGCGUCACUAAAAAAUACUGUCAGUAGCUACAUUGAGAGUGAAGAUAGGGGAUUAGAAAACUCCAAAGUUAUUAAAACGACGGCGCCAACGCUCACGACGGCAAAAAAUCAGGAAAAUCAUUCGGAUUCUUUUUCGGACCUAUCGACAUCCUCACAGGGACAGUUCCAAACACAAGGCUCGCUUCCAACGGCCUCAAAACUGGUCAAAAAGCCUUCCAGGGGCUCGAUGAAAGAUUCUUCAGUGAGUCCAGGCUCGAUGCCAACCAGAAAGCCAUCAUUUCUCUUCCGAUUAAAGCGAAUCGGAUCCCAGUCUGCUCCUUCAACCCCAGAUACACAAUCGUUUGAUGUUGAGCCCCCUCGCCAGUACAUAGGAAAUAGCAGAAAGAACUCUAGUGAUAGUUUUGCGUCAGUCAACAACAACAGCCAAACUCAUUCACAGUCCCAAUCUCAACCUCAGUCAGUUGCAUCUACUCAAUGCUCCCCGUUGAUAGGCCCCUUGGUAUCUACCUUGUCAUCUAACAAAAAAGUUACCGAAGGUAUUUUGGAUUCAAUUUUAGAUAAGGUUUUAGAACUGGAAGCUGAAUAUGCUGCCUUAAUGGAGCAAGAAAAUUCGUACAGGUCGGAGUCUAGAAUUCCUUUGGGUCGUACAAAUACACAAGCAAAGUCAGUUCUAUCACAGGAGUUUUAUGAUGCGCAGGAAUUUGCAGAUGAGACGGAACACGGUGUUGUCAUGUUAAACAGCGAAACUCACUUGUUUGAUAACGCUGAUCUAGUGUCUGAUAAAGGAAUACAAAGUGAUAUACUAAACGCUAACAUUUUUGAACAGAAACUAGAUGACAUUAGCAUUGCUGCAUCGUCAACCUCAACGGAAGAUGAUGAAGAUGAUGAAGAAAAUAAUGAUGAUGGCCAACAGUCUACUCGACUAGCAACCAACGAGUCAAGGGUGUUACCUGAUAUAACUGAACCCCCGUUCGUAGACCGUUAUCCCCUACCAUACAAGGGUAUAUACAAUUCCAGGACAGAUAUAAAACCAGCAGCAUGUGAGCCUCCAUCUCUUAUCUCGAUAUUGAGAAAGGGUAUUGGCAAAGACCUCACAAGUAUGACUAUGCCUAUCUCCACCAAUGAGCCUUUGUCGUUUUUGCAGAAGUACACAGAAAGUUUGGAAUAUUGUGAACUGAUCAAUAAUGCAAUACAUUCACCUCUUGAAACAGGUGAAAGAAUUUUGAAAAUAUCAGCUUUCGCCAUCAGCUUUUUAUCCUCGUAUAAGGAUAAAAUUAGAUCUAUCAGGAAACCAUUUAACCCCUUGCUCGGUGAAACAUUCGAGCUUGUUCGACCUGACCUUGAUAUAAGGGUUGUAACAGAGAAGGUGGUUCACAAACCGUUUAUCAUGGCAACUCAUGUUGACUCCAGUGACUGGUAUAUUGAGCAUUCAAUAUGUCCACAGCAAAAAUUUUACGGCAAAACUGCUGAGAUUUCUGUUGAUGGUACGCUAAAGUUACAUUUCAGAGAUAGCAAGGAGUCUUACAAGUGGAAUCAGCCCACUACUAUAUUGAGAAACAUUGUUUCGUUGACAGGCGAAAAAUACACAGAACCGUUAGAUUCUAUCACCAUCGAGUCAAAUACAGGCUACAAAUGUGUGGUCAGCUUCAUACCCGAUAAUGGGAGAUUCACCAGCAGUAGAUCAGAAAAGGUUGAUAUGAAGGUGUUCAAAGAUGGUAAUGGAGACAAGCCGCUAUCUUUGUCUGCAAGCGGAUCCUGGACGAAUAGUAUAAAGAUGAGUAAUGGUAAGACUAUCUGGCAAAUUUCAGAUCCAUUGCCACAACAUGAAAAAAAGUAUGGUUUUACAAAAUUCUCCUGUUGUUUAAACGAUCUCGAUCAAAUUCAUAAGGGGUGUGCACCUACUGAUUCAAGAAGACGUCCUGAUCAACGAAUGUAUGAGAAUGGUAUUGUCGAUGAUGCGGAUGAGUUGAAGCUGAGACUAGAAGAAAAUCAAAGAUUGAGACGAAAAGAUUCCGAAGGUAAUGAAGUGGUUCAUGUUCCCGCUUUUUUCAGAAAGGGAGCUACGGAUCUCGAUUGGUAUUUUAUUCAUGGAGAGAAGGGUUAUUGGAAUCGCAGAAAGCAUGGUAACUGGGAUGGACUGACGAAACUUUGGUAAUGUUCGAAAGCUUCGAUUAUUUAACGUUGUAUUUGUAUGAAGUGUAGUUAUAAAAAUUAUGUUAAGUUCUCAACAGUGCAAC